UACUCCUUACUCCUUACUCCUUACUCCUUACUCCUUACUCCUUCUUCUUCUUUAUAUAAUCCCUCUUCUUCCUUCUUUCGAUUCAAAAUCCAUAUUGCUUUUUAUUUCUCCAUGCAUUAAUAUUUGAUCUAAUUUCUUCCGUUUCAUAUGUCUGAUAAUAAUAAUAAUAAUAAUUCCCCCCUCCCUCCCGGUCGCCACCGCAUCUUCCGCGGUAUCCGUUCCCGUUCCGGCAAAUGGGUCUCUGAAAUUCGGGAGCCACGUAAGGCUACUCGUAUUUGGCUUGGAACUUACCCAACUCCCGAAAUGGCUGCCGCCGCCUACGACGUCGCCGCUCUCACUCUCAAAGGCCCUAAUGCUUCCCUUAAUUUCCCUCAUUCUCUUUUAUCUUAUCCCAUUCCUCCUUCCACUUCCCCUUCUGACAUUCGCGCCGCCGCUGCCAUUGCUGCCGCCGCCAGAAACCCCAAUAACACUAGCCCACAAGCUUCUCCUGCUGCUGCUACUACUAUUACUGCUACAACUACUGAAUAUUCUUCUGUGACUGAGGCGAUCGAUGGAGGUGGGCCGUCCUCCCAUGCGACGGGGGAUUGUUCCGGCAAGUUUGUGGACGAGGAAGAGUUAUUGAACAUGCCGAAUUUACUUGUGGAUAUGGCGGAGGGAAUGCUGGUGAGUCCACCAAGGAUGAAGUCGCCGUCUUCCGAUGACAAUUCUCCCAACCAUUCUCAAGGAGAUGAUGGAUUAUGGAGUUACUCCAAAUAAUUCCCAACAAAUUUUCCGAUUUAACAAAAAAUUGAAGAGAGAAAAAAAAAAGAAAAAGAAAAAGAAAAACAGAGCAGGUGAAUCAUAUCAUAAUCCAAUCCCCUAAUUUUUUAUUUUAUAUUGGGUUUAUUAAAAGGGACCUUUUUCUUUUUCUUGGUUUGAUUGCUGCUGUUCUGAUUUAUCUUCCACAUGAUCAAAGUUUAGGAUUAUUAAUCAAUUUCUAACUAUGGUUAGAGAUGUUGGGAAUUGGAAGAUUUAAUUAAAAAGAAAAGAGGAAUUGAAAGGUGUAAUUAUUGGUGAGUCCAUACACUGCCUGCUGCAGUUAAUGGAACUUAGCCCCAAAUCUGUCACAUUCAAUUAAA